AUGGCUGCCCCAACAGGCAUAGAACGCUUUGCUGAGGAUCUUCGCUGUUCUAUUUGCCUGGAGCUCUUUUCAGACCCCGUCAUACUGGAAUGCGGGCACAACUAUUGCCAGGCCUGUAUCACUCGGUUCUGGGCUGAGAUCCCUAACAACCACGAGGAGGACAUGCCACCAACACUUCCUACUUGCCCAGAAUGUCGGCGUGAAAUCCCCGGUGGCAAAUAUACACCUAAUCGGGUGCUGGGACAGCUGGCUUGCAAAGCCCAAGAAUCUCUUUUGGUCCAGGCUGGUGAUGAGGACACCAACGGGGAUAAAGAUGAUGAUGAGGAGAUGCAGGGGGAAAAGCUGUUUUGUACUGAAGAUGGGUGCCUGGCGAGAGCUUUACAACCAGAUCACUGGGGCCACCAGUGUCUCCCUCUGGUUGAAGCUGUGGAGCACUUCAAGGGGAUCUUAACAACAUCUCAAGCACAGCUGGAAUCCAAAAUUCAAGCAGAAAGAUCUGUUGAAGAGCAGAGGGCCCAGAAACCUCCAGAAAUCACAGCCCAACGGCUGCGUCUGGAGCAGAAUGUCUCUGCCCAAUUCAUGGAGCUCCAUCAGUGGCUUCAGGAGAAGGAGGCUGCGCUGAUCAGAGAGAUCCAGAGAGAGGAAAAACUGCUUCUGAGUGAACUGGACAGGAACCAGAGGAACAGCCAAGAGCAAAUCCGCACAGCCAAUGAGCAAAUAGCUAAGAUCCAGGCUCGGCUUGCGAUGGAACCGGACUCCGAAAGCUUCCUUAAGGAUAUCAAAGGCUUCGUAGAAAGAUACUGCCCUGGUGAGGACAAGACAAGCCCAUUUCCUGUGAUUUCUCGCGAUUUCAAUUUAGGUCAGUUUAAAGGGCCUAUUCAGUACAUGGUCUGGAGAGAGAUGUUGCUGGCCUUAAGACCUUUCCCUUCAUAUAUUACCUUGGAUCCUGCCACCAAUCAUCCCAACCUCAUGCUCUCCAAGGAUCUUGACACAGUACGCUUGGAAGAUAACCCCGAAGAAGUGGUCCCAGAUGGUCCAGAAAGAUUUAGCAAGACUGUAUGCGUGCUGGGUGCCCAGGGAUUUACUUGUCAGUGCCAUUAUUGGGAGGUAGAAGUUGGAAACAAAACCAGCUGGGAUAUUGGAGUGGCCAAGGAGUCGGUGAACAGGAAGGAGGCUAAAGUCACCGUCAAGCCCAGCAAUGGUUUUUGGGCCAUUUGGCUACGGAACGGCAAUGAGUACAAGGCCCUUGACUCUCCUUCCAAACAGCUGCUCCUCAAGGUCAAGCCUCAGAGAGUAGGGGUCUAUUUGGACUAUGAAGGAGGACAAGUCUCUUUUUAUGAUGCUGACACCAUGACCCACAUCUACACCUUUCUGGAUGACUUCUACGAGUGCCUGUACCCCAUGUUCAGCCCCGGGGUCAACAAAGAUGGCCUCAACGGUGAACCCCUCUGCCUCCUGCACCCACGGAUCUAG